AUGGACUUUCGUCAGCAUUUAUCAGAUUCCCUAAAUGAAAUAACUCAAUAUAUACAAGAAGGCGGAAAUCGUGGAGGUGAUUCAGAGAAUACUGUUUUAAGACUGGAGGUUCUUUACGAGGCAGCGUUGAUCAAUGGGGACAUUCCUUUAGAUGCGGUUGACUUAAUCAAUCAAGCUCGUACACACCUGAACGUAAACUUGCAUCAACAAGAGCCUUUUCGUGGGUAUGAAGCACCAGCAGUGAGUGAGGCAGGUCGCCGAGGAAGACCUAAGUUUGCGAUUUCCGAGAAGCAGCUGCUAUUUUUCAGAGGUAAGGAGGAAAAAGUGCUUUUACCAUUUUCACUUUUUCAGGUUGAAAAUUUGAAAUGAAAAUAAGGUAGACACAUUUGAAACUAUCCAUAUAUGCCCCAUAUGAAGUGAGUGCUUUUUUUUUCGAGUUGAUAGGUUUCGCCAAACCCCGUUUUUUGGUUAUUCAUAACAUCUUUAGUGAGUUCACCUUUUGAAGGUUUCAUUCAAUUUUCAGUGUAAACUAUCUACUCUCAAAGGACUGUGUUUUCUUUUAUGAACACUAGUUAUCUUUUUGUUAGAGAACAACUUCACGUAUAAAGACAUGGCUCUAAUGCUUGGGGUUAGCAAGCGAACUAUUGAAAACCGUAUGGCCGAGUACGAGUUGACGAACAAGUCCCGCUACAGUGACAUGGAGGACGAUUUCCUGGAUUCUUUAAUCCAGCGUAUCAUGACAAAUUUCCCUAGAUCGGGUAAGUAAGUCUUCAUAAAAAUCUUGAGGUUGUCGCCGGUCAUGUUCAGUCAAAAAAUAAAGAUUUUUUUGCCCUUAGCUUGGUAAAAAUAGUUUGAGAACCAGUACAUAAUGACGCAACAAUUUAUUCCUCUGGAACUAGACAUGAUAAACAUCUGAAUUGGGAAAUUUUCUCGUUUGCCUUUAUUUCUUUCAGAUUGCAUAAAUUAAUUAAACCUUUUCGGCCGAUACGCGUUAUUGCUUGAACACCUCAAGAAACGUAGACAUUAUCACACUUAGCAAACGCAAACAUGCUUCUUUUAGUAUAGACGUACACUCGAGACCGUUUCUGAAAAUCCCGUAUGCUGUUCUCUUCCAGUAUAUUGAUUCAAAACGUAAUCAACUUACAGGCAAGAGCUUUUAAGCCCGCCGUAGUGUUUACACAAAAUUUUGCAUAUCAGAAACACACUUUGUAUCCUCUAAACAGAGAAUUCAAGAAAGCACGACAAGUGGCAUUAACUUCACUACUGUGUCACAGGGUGCUUGAAAUUAAAACCCUUAUUUUUGUUGACAGGUUGCAAAACAAUCGAGGGUUACCUUGUUUCGCAAGGUGUACAUGUGCAGAGGUGGAGAAUAAGGAGUGCCAUAAAGAGAGUCGAUCCCAUUGGCAGGAGGCUAAGGUCUAUGAAUGCCAUCCGUAGACGAGUGUAUAACGUACGUUCCCCACUGGCCCUCUGGCAUAUGGACGGGAAUCACAAACUGAUACGGUAGCUGUCACUUAUCUCACUAUUUUGAUGACAUAAUUGUUGCUGUAAUUCAGGUCUCAAUAACUUUGCACCAUUUGUUUUAGGAGUAACCUCCCCCCCGCUCCCCCCUUCAUAUACUUUCGGUUUACCACUCUAUUCCUUCUCUUCUUAGAUGGCGAUUCGUGGUUCACGGCUGCAUUGACGGUUACAGUCGCUCCGUCGUUUAUCUUAAGUGCGAUACGAAUAACACGUCUGUCACAGCCUUGCGUCUCUUUGAGGGUGCGGUGUCUGAAUGGGGAUUGCCAUCACGAGUCAGGGGCGACAUGGGAGUUGAAAACAGAGACGUGGCACACUACAUGUUGAACCAUACAGCAAGAGGGCCCGGAAGAGGGAGUUACAUCACCGGACGAAGCGUGCACAACUCGCGUAUAGAAAGACUCUGGCGCGAUGUGUACCAGUUAGUCCUAUCCUCAUUUUACGACCUUUUCCUUUCUCUCGAAGCAUGCGGUCAGCUCGAUCCGGACAACGAAGGGCAUCUAUUUUGCCUUCACUUCACUUAUCUCCCAAUAAUCAACGAGGCCCUUUCAAAAUUUGUGCUAUCCUGGAAUAAUGACAAAAUACGUACUGCAGGAAACAAAAGUCCUUUACAACUGUUCAUACUAGGGAUGCAAGAAAUUGCGGAAGAAAGUGGUAUUGUGGCAUCAGAAUACUUUCAAAACCUUAGUCAGGUAAACGCAAUAAUGCAUAUGACAGACACAGUUCCCCAAGCAUUAAAGCCACACGGCUGAAUAAUCUCAAGUGGCCUCUACUAAAUAUUGAGUUUUAAUUAACCACCCCUUCAAUUUAAAUAUAGAUCACGAUCGAAACGAUGCUAAGAUUCCUUGCUUGCAAAGUUAAUUUAAGGCAGUCAUAACCAAUGCUUUGCGGUAUUUGAAUCUCCUUUCAACUAUAUUUCAGAGGGACUUGGAGGGAUACGGUGUGGAUCCUACGGCUUACUUUCAUGACGGCACAGAUGAUGCACUACAGAAUGAGGUUGUCGUCCCACCGACACGGUGUCCGUUAGAUGUUGAGUUGUUUACGAUUUUUGAGGCAAGCAUGUCAGAAGUCCAAGGCGAAGAUCCAUGGGACAUUACACCAUAUCUGCAUGCACUGGAAACGAUGAAUCGUCUGAAAACCUAG